UGCUGCUGAGCAACUGGAGCGAGAGACCUAAGAAAGAGGGAGAGAGAGAGAGAGACAUAGAGAGAAAGAGAGCUCAUAUUAACAAAGUAAUAUUAGCCUGAGGUACAGUGCUGGUUCCGGUCAGCCUGCACUGAAGCGGCUGAGCUCACUAUCCUGUUUAACCCGGCUAACUUUACACUCACUGUUGUGCUUUAGCAGUUCAGCGCGCUUUAAAGGCUUAUCAUGCGUAAUAAUAGUAGUGAAUAGUGAGACCCGAGUUAGCUAUCCGGCUAGCCUUCGGAUUGUUUCCGACAGACGGUGAGCCGAGGUACAUACAAACGUGGAUAUAUUGUAGGAGCCAUAGUUUCAUUUCUUAGUGUGUUUUUGUGCGGGCGUGUGUGUUACAUUUUAUGAGACGUUUCCAUUUAAGACUUGCUUUUUGGUAAAAUAAUAAUAAAUACACAGCAUUAGUUUGUUUAGCGUUUGGCUAGCUUGGUUGGAAGCUCUUUCGCUAGCUCGUUGGCAGUGUAAACGCCUUUCCCCCCUUCACUGUUUUUUGGGGUUUCGGUAAAACACAAAGCACAAAUAAAGGUUUAAUUUAUUAUUGUGAGGACAGCCUAGUCCCUUGGGGGCACUUGUGUAUUUGAGACUCGGCGGUUGAGUAUAAAAGUUGGCUAAUUGUAGCAUCCGCUGUGUGAGGAGUAACUUGAGGGGGUUAUCUAGAAGCAGGUACUUGGAGUGUCCAAGACUUAAGCUAUCAUUUGGCUUUCUGCUUCAGUCAUGGAAAAAGAUGCCUGUAUAGAGGAUCAGGAAAAUGGCAAUAAAACGAUCCACAUUGCGAAGCCAUCGCUACUGAAUUCUGCCUAUCGAUACACCAAGGAGGAGCUUUUGGAAAUCAAAGAGCUGCCAAUUUCUAAUGAGAGGCCUGAGUGCCUGUCUCAGAAAUAUGACAGUGAUGGGGUGUGGGAUCCUGAAAAGUGGCAUGCAUCAUUGUAUCCCUCAGAAUGUGACUUAACAGGGGAGGCAUACAAGAGAGACUAUGCUGAGGACAGACCGCCCCUGAAACGUAGAAUUGCUGACCCACGAGAGCGUAUUAAAGAGGAUGAUUUGGAGGUAGUUCUUAGCCCCCAGCGUCGUAGUUUUGGAGGUGGCUGCCAAGUGGCACCUGCUGCCCUGACUCGGCGUCCCAUCAGCCCCCUUGAGAACAAAGAAAAUGAGUCACUGCGUCUCGGAGGCACACGGCGUAUUGGAAGUGGUCGCAUCAUGGCAGCACGUGGUUUCGAGAGGGACAUUCGGGUUGACAAAGAAAGGGAUCGGGAACGUGACUUCAAGGACAAGAGAUUUAGGAGGGACUUUGGUGACAAAAGAGUGUUUAGUGAGCGUAGAAGGAAUGACUCUUAUGCUGAGGAGGAGCCGGAAUGGUUUUCUGGUGGACCCACAAGCCAGUCGGAGACCAUUGAGCUUAUUGGCUUUGACGAUAAAGUCCUAGAAGAUGACAAACGGAAAUCUAAGCGCUCACGAAAGAGGACAGAGUCUAUAAAAGAAGUUGAAUGCAAUGGUGGUGUGUCUCAGGAGGCACAGGUGGUCCAUGAAGGAGGAGCUGAUCAGGAGGUUCCUCAUCCAGACAUUCUACCUGAACAAACAGCUGGGGAGUUUGACUUCAAUGAAUUCUUUAAUUUGGAGAAGACCAUGCCUGGCCUGGCUUCGAUGAUUGAAGAUGUGCUUGGUGAAGGGCCAGUCUCGGCUAGCCGGUUCAGCCGCUGGUUCAACAGUAAUCAGAGUCCUUCUGGUAGCCGUUCCAGCAGCCGCUCCACCCCUCAUGAAGAACUUGAGAAACUACCAGAUCCAUGCAGUAGUUCUCCUGGUCAGGGUCCAACACCCUAUUUUACACCAAUUCCUUUGGAAGAGAGGAGGGAGAAGGUGGACAUCUUGGAGCUCCUUCAUAAAGCCAAAAUUGACCUUAAGCCCCUUCUUUCCAGCUUAAAUGCAAACAAAGCUCAUCUCAAGGAGAACACUAACUCUGGGGUGGUGUUGUCUUUGGAGGAGGUUGAGUGUGGUUUAAAGGGGCUGAAAGUUCAGAAUGAGCAGCCUCAGUCAGCUCCCAGGCAGCUGCAGGCUCAAGGCAGAGGAACUCCUUUCAUGGCUGAACACCUGGAAGAAGCUCUUACAGGUACCAUGGGGGUCAUGGCACGGCCCCGUGACCCUGACAUGUCUGCAUUUAACAAGCUGGUCAGCAGUAUGAAGGCAAGUGGAACCCUGCCCACCCAGCCCAAGGCCAGCACAAGCAGCCUACAACAGUCUACAGAUCCUGCCAUCCUGAGCACCAUAACUGAGGCUCAGGUACCUGCCAUACAGCAGAAGAAUAUAUUCCAGGAGUUAUUGGGUGUUCAGGGAGCUCCGCGGGCAGGUUCUCCCCUCUUAAGUGGUCUGUUGGCAAACCCUGAAGCUGCACCUGUUUCUGUCCCUGGUUUGUCGCACCAGCGUGGUUCCUCACCCCCUCUCUUUCCACACAGAGGUCCCAUUCAAGACUUCUAUGCAGGCAUGCAGACGGGAACAGGCUUCCCUGUUGUCCCACAACAAAUUCUGGGAGAUCAAAUUCCUGAGAUGCACAGAGCUUUAAGUCCAGGCCCUACCCCACAGCAGUUAAGGGUGCUGUCUAUGGGAGUUGACCAGGCAGAAUUGAAUGCUGUAAUGUUUCAGCAGGAUUUGGCAUUACAUGGUUGCCAGUACCAGCAAGGCUAUACCAAACCUGGCCAUGAUAAAGCCUUUCGAAACAGGCAGACAAGGCUUACCAGGUCACCUGUUCCUCACCUGCAUGGCAGAAAUUCCCCUGUCAGUGCAGUCACUAGUAUGCUGUCUCCAUCUUUCACCCCAACAUCAGUCAUUAAAAAGAUGUAUGAGUCAAAGGAGAAGACUAAGGAUGAGCCAAUAAGUAGGCCAGGAAGCAAAGAGGAUACUGCAAACUCGCAGGAAGAGAGUCCCUCUACCAGCUCCUUCCUUGAUGGUGUGGACAAUGGUGGACCUCAAACAAGUGGCAUUAAAGCCUGCUCCACCCCUGUAUCUGCCCAGAAUCGCCACUCAAAGGAGGUUGAGCGAGCCAGGCCAGCCUCCACCACAGGACAGAGCACUCCUGCUAUGCUGUCACCAGGGUCCUCUUCCUCGUUUCCCAGACCCAUUUACCAAGUACCCUUUUUACCUCACGUCCCCUUGGUUAGGCCUCCACCACAACUGCAUCCUGGUGUGGUACAGAGGAUGAUAGCCCAGGGGAUCCAGCCCCAGCAGCUUGGACCUGCACUCUUACAAACAGGACUUUUCCCCCAGACUGUGGAUCUGUCCCAGCUGCAGGGUCUUCCUCCUGCGCUCCUAAGCCAGCCUCUGUAUCCACUGGGCACUACAGGACACCCACUUAUUCCCCCCAGAGCUGCUGGACCACAUGUGCAGUUAGCAGUCAUGCAACAACAAUUCCAGCAGCAGAGGCCUAGUAUACACACAGUACCCACUGGAACCCCGCAAUCACAGAGCCACAGCACGCAACGGACCAGCCACACUCAGCGGCGAGCAGGGAGUCCACCUCUUGGCCUGGCUAAGUGGUUUGGCUCAGAUGUGCUAGAGCAACCUCUCCCUUCCAUGCCUUCUACUAAAGUAAUCAGUGUUGAUGAACUGGAAUUCCGCCAGUGAUGACGACCCUGCAGCCAGUCAUAGAGUAAAGCAAGACCUCUCUUCCUCAUGGCCCUGUUUAGUUAAAAAAAAUGUGAACUUUAAUUUCUAUAAAAAUGUACAGGUGAUGGAGCCUUGUGUCUUUAAUAGGCUCGGUCAUAAACCUUAUAGAUGUUGAUGGCUAGAAGUUAAGAGUCCUGGACUACUUUUUUUUUUUUUUUUUUUUUUUUUUUUUGGUGUGGCCUGUUAAAAUUGUCCCAUCAAAUUAUUUAGGGAUUUGAUUUUUGUACUGUUUAUUUGCAGUAAAGAAGUAAAUAAUGUAUAGGCCAGAAUUGUACAGAUUAUGGAAAUUUGUUUCCUCCCUGUACAUAGCUUUUUUUUUUUUCUGCCCUGUUUUGCUGUGUGGAAGGUUUCAAAGUAAAUGGGGCCACUGGGGAGUUUUCCCUCCCCCACAUGUAGUGAGUUCCACAUGUUGUAGCCUUAGAGCUGGUCGGAAUGGGAAUAGGCUCCACUGCUGAUGACUGGUUUGUAGAACAAGAUGUGCUUACAGGUGUGUGUGUGAACAAUACUGUCCAUACCCAUACACCAUCUCUUGUGGACAAGUGUAGCUGGAACCUAGUCUAAGUGGGACUACAGUAUGUAUGUGCCUUUCCUUACUUUCUUUAUACCCUCUCCCCAACCUUCACUUUCUCCCUUAGCCAGUCACUAAGGAGAAGCACUGAGUUGAAUCACUUUUUGUUUUAGGGUGACAGGGGUUGAAUUCAAGAAAAUGUGCUCCAAAUUAAAAGCACAAUAAAAUGUUCAAUAAAAAUAUUCACUUUUGUUUUUUGUUA